AGAAGGGCUGGAGCUGGGAUCCACCCCUGCUCAGACCUCCUUUAAGGGUUGGCAGUGGGGGUGAGGGUGGUAUGCUGGAGUUCCUUGUGUACAUGAGGCCUUCUAAAGCUCUCCAUGAAUUCCCCAAUGACAUCUUCACGAACGAGGACAGGAGGCAUGGAGCUGUCAUCCUGCAUGUCAUUUGUGCCAUGUACAUGUUUUAUGCUUUGGCAAUUGUCUGCGAUGAUUUCUUUGUCCCUUCAUUGGAAAAGAUUUGUGAACGCUUGCAUCUUAGUGAAGAUGUGGCUGGGGCGACUUUCAUGGCAGCUGGAAGCUCUGCUCCAGAGUUGUUUACAUCUGUCAUAGGUGUUUUUAUCACAAAAGGAGACGUAGGCGUUGGAACCAUCGUAGGCUCUGCUGUAUUUAACAUUCUCUGUAUUAUUGGUGUGUGUGGGCUGUUUGCAGGACAGGUUGUUGCACUGUCAUCAUGGAGUCUCUUGAGAGAUUCAAUCUACUAUACACUGUCUGUUGUUGCACUCAUUGUGUUUAUUUACGACGAAAAGGUUUCCUGGUGGGAGUCCUUGGUCUUGGUGCUGAUGUAUGCCAUCUACAUUGUUAUCAUGAAGUACAACUCUACCAUACAACACUGCUUGGAAAGGAAGACAAAAAACGCUGCGAACAUGGUGAACGGAUUGGCAAAUAACACAGAAAUGGAUGAUAACAGCAACUGCGAUGCCACAGUGGUGUUACUAAAGAAAGGUAACUGUUCCAGGAAUUUCCACCGUAAAGCCUCAGUGAUCAUGGUGGAUGAGCUGCUGUCUGCUUACCCACACCAGCUUUCAUUUUCUGAGGCUGGGCUGCGGAUCAUGAUAACCAGCCACUUUCCUCCCAAAACACGUCUCUCCAUGGCCAGCCGCAUGCUCAUCAAUGAGAGACAAAGACUGAUCAACAGCAGGACUUACACCAACGGUGAAUCAGAAGUAGCAAUCAAAAUACCUAUCAAGCACGUUGUGGAGAAUGGAACAGGUCCAAGCAACUCGUCUGAGAGGGGUGUGAAUGGCACACGGCGAGACGAGGACGUGGCUGAGGCUGGCAAUGAGACAGAGAAUGAGAAUGAGGAUAAUGAGAACAAUGAAAAUGAUGAGGAAGAGGAAGAAGAUGAUGACGAUGAUGACCAUGAAGGGCCAUACACACCUUUUGACCUACCCACUGGCAAAAUGGAAAUCUUGAAGUGGCUCUUCACGUGGCCGUUGAGCUUUGUGCUGUAUUUCACAGUGCCCAACUGUAACAAACCCCACUUGGAGAAAUGGUUCAUGGUUACCUUUGCUUCUUCUACCCUCUGGAUUGCAGCUUUCUCCUACAUGAUGGUGUGGAUGGUGACAAUCAUUGGCUACACGCUGGGAAUUCCAGAUGUGAUAAUGGGCAUCACUUUCUUGGCUGCAGGAACCAGCGUGCCAGACUGCAUGGCAAGCCUCAUCGUAGCAAGGCAAGGUAUGGGGGAUAUGGCUGUGUCCAACUCCAUUGGAAGCAAUGUUUUUGAUAUUUUAAUCGGCCUAGGCCUCCCGUGGGCUUUGCAGACCCUAGCAGUGAAUUAUGGAUCAUACAUCCGGUUAAACAGCAGAGGACUCAUCUAUUCUGUUGGUCUCUUGCUGGCAUCUGUUUUUGUCACAGUUUUCGGCGUGCACAUGAACAAAUGGAAACUGGAUAAGAAGCUAGGGUGCGUGUGCCUUUCCCUGUAUGGCAUCUUCCUGUGUUUCUCCAUCAUGACAGAAUUCAAUGUUUUCACUUUUGUGAACUUGCCCAUGUGCAGAGAUCACUAACGCACAUUGCAGACUGUCAGGAGGGACGUCCUUCUUACCUGUGCAAUACAAACCACGGCUGGCAUCUCCUGAAAGCGGUGCACCUCCAAGUCGUGAAGUAUAUCCUGUCCAUAGGACCUGUGCCCCAUCUCGGUUUACCCUCUCCCUGACCCCCACAACCUGGAAAAAAAUCCUGCAUCGAUGUGAAGAUGAUAUUUUUUCUUUUUCUUUUUUUUUUUUUUGCAACAUUCAUGUGAUUUCUUAGCUCAGUUUUUGAACAGUGACUGGUCUCUAGAUGAACUGGCUGCUAACUGGCAUCAAGCCAGGCAAAACUGGUCUGCUACAAUUCCUUUUUUAAGUUAUUUGAUGGAAGACUAAUCUAAUUUAUGUCUUAAAGACUAUUGCUACAAUGCAGAAGAGGGUACAUCAUACAGGGGCUGAUUUUCGAGGAGAAUUCUGGGAUUUUUUUGGUUGUGUUUUUCUUUUUUUCUUCUUGUUGUUGUUGUUUGUUUUGGUUGUGGUUUUUUAUUGCCUGAGAUCAACAUCCUGUGUUGCAGCUUCUCCUUCUGAGCUCUGGGUCUCCUGUAACGAUCCAAAAGUCACAGGGCAGUGUAAUAUGGGAAUUUAAUUCAAGGUACUCAACAUACGAGUGGAUUGACUGCUUAUUCAGAGAAGACUGUCAAGGCAACAGACAGUGACUGCACCGUCAAUCAUGAAUCCUGUACAGGUGUGAUGAGGAAUGGAAGGUAAACACGGACUUAAAGGAUAAACACUGCUACUAUUUUGUUAUCGGUGUCGGCGUUUUAUUAAUAGGGUGUUUGUGGUAUUUCCAAGCAAUAGUUUGAUUGCCAGCCCAGCAGGGCUACCGAGGAGACGUCCUGUUUUUCUGUCAUCUACACCUGGAAACGGAAGGUCAGAACUUUAUUUGCUUCAUCAGAUUUCUUGUAGUUUUGGGGGGAUUCUAUAGUUCACGUCUUAUUUGUUCUGAGGACAUCAGUACGUGUCAAAACUUUUCUAAAUGAGUUACAGACACUGGUUUCUUUAAAAGGAAAGAGGCGUAUUUUGCACAGACACAGUUACUGAAGUCAUUGUUUGCCACUCUUUAAAGAAUACACUGGACCUGGCCAGAUAUUUGUCUUUUUCUUAAACAGUUGAACUUCUCUGAUGGCAGAUCAUGUGGAUUCGUCACACCUCCUCUGGGAGGGAAGAAGAUGGAGAGAGAGAUGGCACUUUUAAAAUGUGUAAUAUCUACAACGCAGACUCGCUCACAGAUCUUAAGUUAUUGUGAAAAUUUAGCUAUUCAUUGUUCCAGUAUCCUUGCUAGAUUUUGUAUAAUUCUGUAUUAAUACACAGGCAGAUCCAACCCCAUCAGGAACACUACCACGGCUACAUUUGUUUGUAUUGAUACUGUGGAUUCUUGCCAGCGCUGGCUGUUGUAUUUACUUUAAGCACUGAUCACUUCUGAUUCAUUUUUUCCCCGUUCUUGUAUAUGUUCUACUACAAGUGUGUUAAUAUAAUACCAACUAGA